AUGAGUGUGGCGUAUGGCGCCAUCAAGGAUGUCCAUGCGGAGUUCAAGACCCCGUCUUACCCCAGCAAUUGCCUGCGAUUUUUGACAUCUGCGUGUUAUCAAAGUUCCGCGGAUCACGUAGAUGGCUCCACCAGCAGUUCUACGCCUCUGAACAUCAUCGUCGUUGGUGCUGGACUGGGAGGCCUUGCUACGGCCAUCGCGCUGGCACGCAACAAUCACCAUGUAACAGUUUAUGAACAGACAGAAAGGCUGGCUGAGGUAGGAGCUGGCAUCCAGAUUCCCCCCAAUUCCAGCCGACUGCUGGCAAAACUCGGCCUCGAACCUUACCUGCAGAAAUACGUGACGGAACCAGCGAGCGUCCUCAUGCGACGCUGGCAAAAUGGCAAAGUCAUUGGACACACCCGAUUGAUCCCGGACUGUCGCCAACAGUACGGUGCGCCGUACUACGUCAUUCACAGGGCUGAUUUCCACGAUGCCAUGUACAGGCUGGCGGUCGAUCUUGGAGUGACCGUCAAACUAGCGUCCAGAGUGGUCGACUAUGAUGUGGAUGCUCCCAGCAUUACUCUGCAAGAUGGAUCGAAAGUCACUGCAGACUUGGUCGUGGCCGCUGAUGGAGUCAAAUCUACGGCUCGAAAAGGAGUCCUAGGGGGCGCUGACAAGCCGCCCCAGCGAACCGGGUUUGCAGUCUACCGAGCCGUGGUAGACAUUGACCGCAUAAAGGCUGACCCUGAAACAUCUUGGUUGCUGGAGAAGCCUGCAUUCAACCUAUGGCUUGGAGACGCUCGGCAUGUCAUGACAUAUACGAUCGGAGCUGGAAAGUCGUUCAACAUGGUUCUUUCGCAUCCUGAUGAUACCGAUCCGGAAACCUGGAAUCAAGAUGAAGCUUUGGAUAAUAUGAGGAAGGAGUUUGAAGGCUGGGAUCCCACACUAACCAAGAUCAUCCACAUGAUCGACAAGACCUUGAAAUGGCCCCUUUUCAGCGGGUCAAUUUUGGAGCGCUGGGUAUCUGGGAAACUUGUUAUACUCGGGGAUGCUGCUCAUGCAAUGCUCCCGUAUAUGUCGCAAGGUGCCGCAAUCGCAGUCGAAGACGGCGUCGCUCUCGCACGAGUCCUAUCCAAAAUCAGUUCAAAAGACCAAAUGCCACUUGCGCUAUCAAUAUUCGAGAAAGUGCGCUUAGAACGCGCUAGCCAGAUGCAGGAGGCCAGCCUUCUCAACAGUCGUCUCUGGCAUUUCCCUGACGGGCCGUUGCAACAGGCUCGGGAUGCCGCCAUGCUGCCGGAAGUUGAGGGCCGUCCCUUUUCUCAUAGCCCAAACCAAUGGAGCGAUCCAGCCACCCAGAUAUGGUGUUUUGGGUAUGAUGCGGAGAAGGAGAUUGACAAGGCAUGGAAGAGGGAAGUCGACAAGGAGAUGUGA